AAUUGUCCUUAUUUUUUUAGUACAGCAUACACUUUUAUUUUGAUUUCAAGUAUCUUACAGUCUUAUGGAUUCAUUUAUCUGUGGUUUUUGUGAACAUAAUGUCAGAAGGCACAUUAGAAAAAAGAUCGUUAAAAUUAUCUUUUUUUUUUCUUUAUUGUUGUUUAUGAUAGGUCGGUAAUAUUGAAAUUAUUUGAUAGACAAUGGGGACAACUUCUAAUUUAGAGAACUUGUGUCGAAUUUGUGCAGGUGAACAAACAAACAACAUUUUUAUUUUUAGUGAAGAAGGGCAAAAACUUUAUUUAGAGGCAAAAAUGAAAAAGUAUUUGACAAUCUCGGUUUCAUCGAAUGAUAAGUUGCCGAAAAUGGUGUGUUUGAACUGUUGUAAAAAACUUGAUAGUAUUCAUCGGUUCGCUUCUAUGGCUGUAAAAAUGCAGGACAAAUUGAAAACUCUCGCAGAACCGCUCACAUCUUCGGAGGAAAUCAAGAAAGAACAUAGCAUUUUACAUUCUAUUCUAAGCAAGGUAGAAAACAAUGGCAAAGUGGACGAAAAUGGUGCAAAACGGAAAAGUAACACAGGUGUCAAAUUACCUUUAGAUGGUGGCAUCACAAGUGCUUUAGAAGAGGGUGUUAAGGAUGGUUCAGUGUCUGAAACUGACUGUACCGACAUUGGUGCCACAAACCUGGUCAAUGAGAGGCCACAGAAGGAACUUUCUGGCUCCAAAAAUGCUAAGAAUGAUUCUGCAUUAUCACCCCAAGAAGAGUUGUCAAGAGAGAAUUCUUCUGGCACCGACACUGAGAGCGAAGUGACGGAGGUUGAAGUGCGUGUGGACCCUAUGUUGUUCCUUUGUACACUGGAUGAUGCCAGCAGCGAUGACGACGAUUCGGCAGAAAUCUCGAGCCGAUCGUCUGGCCUCACGUCACUUGAGGAGAACCAGCUUCAGGAAACGCCACCUCCGUCACAGCUACCCGCUCCGCCUCCUCCCGUGCCACCGUCAGUCGAUAAAGAGACCAAGCCUUACCGCUGUUCCAUUUGUUUGCGUGGUUUCAAUAACGAAAUAGGUCUUCAGAACCACCUCUGGAGCCAUUUGCCUUCUGAACGACGUGUGCUUUCCACAUCUGACAGCAGCAAUCAUCCCCAAAGGCCGAGCCCGGUCUAUUCGUCAAGAGGAGUGCUGCACACUAGUUCGUCUGUUGUGACAACUACCAUGCGUUUUGUGUGCCCGAUAUGUGGAAAAAAGAUUUCAACGAAAGGAAAUCUCAAGGUGCACUUGGAAACACAUCGGCCAAAAGGAAAAUAUGGGUGUGACAUUUGUGGACGAGUAUUCAAGACACAAUCCAACUUAUACCGCCACAAAGAAUAUCAUGGGGGCAUUCAGUUUCCUUGUGCUGUGUGUGGCCGUGUGUACCCCACGAACAGUACACUGCGUGCCCACAGCAUUACCCACAGUGACUUGCGUCCACAUGCCUGCCCGUUGUGUGAUAAGACUUUCAAGCGUAACCAAGACCUCAAGUUCCACAUAAACCAGCACACCGGUGCGAGACCGUACCAGUGUCCUUACUGCCCGAAGGCGUUCGCCAGUUCUGGGAAUUGCUUCUCCCACCGAAAGCGCAUGCAUCCUCUGGAAGUGGAGCGAGACCGGGAGCGAGCCGCGCAGAUCAUGCGAUAACAGCUGCACAAGUGUUGAUCUGGAACUUUUCUUUUCUCCUAGCGCUGAAAACAAGUUGACACUGUAAUUGCAAACGUAGUUGCAUUAGGUGAUACCGGUAUGUUUAAAAUUUGUGUGUAUGUAAAGUUUUUAUAUAUUUAUGUGUUGCGUAAUGAAGUACUGAUACUUUGUCAUACAUUUAACUAUGUUUUUGUGAUGAAUUAUGACGAUUAUUGAUAUUUAUCGAAAAUUUGGUUAUGUUGUGAAUUUUGUUUCGAAUUUGCUUAUGUGUAUUUAAAUAUUUUUUGUUAUGUUUUCUGAAUACUUUGUAGUCUGCAAUAUGUAGUAUAUUAAUUUAAUCUUUAUACAUUAUGUUGUAAUUUAUUAGUAAAGUACAGUGAAAGUUCUUUUAUCCAGCGUUUUGUGUUUCGGCAUAUCCUGCAUCCGACACCGAUCAAGCAGCUCUAGCUCAGAUUUUUUCGGCUGGAUUCUGGCUGUUGAUUUUGUCGCUCAGGUUUCAUUAGUUCGUCCAGAAUUAAUCAUUAUGUUCUGUUUUAAUUUUAGUACAGUGUUUGCUGUUUUCUAGUGGGUUACAUUUCCAUCACACAUUUAAUGGGUACAUUUUUUCCGAAAUGAUUUAUUUUUCUUCGAGAGAGCAGGUUAUUACAACUUUUUUUAAUACCAUUGUACUGUAGACUGUUGUUUCUUUGAUAUUCCCAUUAAAAUUAUAUUGACGUUCUGUAAUCCAGCAAGAUGGCCAACCCGACAUGGCUGUGGUACCUGACGUGCCGGAUCAGAGACCUUUCACUGUAAUGUCAAGUCGUUUGGGAAGUGGCAGUGUGUUGAUCCCUUGAUGAACAUGGGAAACUUGGGGAGGUCAGUUGUGUAUGCAGAUGAGUGGCACUGGAAUUUCCUUAAAAAUGCCAGUAAAUUUAUUAAUUAAAGAUCCAAACACAUGUGUUUCGUACAGUAUUAUACACAGUUUUAUAUACUAUUAACAUUUUAACAGUAUUUAUACAUUUUACAUGUUUAGAAAGCCUCUAAAUAUGUAUUGUAGAGGCAGUGAUAAUGCAGAUCAUAACUUGACUUCUGAUUUUUUAUCUAUGGCUACUAUGCUGAUUGCAUGUUCUUAAAAAAUUAUUUAUUAAUAUUUAUUUGUCAAGGAAUGAUUAUGUUAUUAUUUUUCUAUCAACAUAAAGUACAGCAGAAAUGAUAAUGUAUUGAAGUUUACUGUAAAUUCAUUCUUAAGGGUCAGCUUUAUUAUGCCAGAGACAGGUAUGCUGGAAAUAGUUUACUAUACAGCAAUUUUUACAGUUAUUUUUAUAGUGACAAAUAAAUGUGUUCAAAAACAAAAAAA